UCACGUGACUUGACCGCUCCUAGUAUGCGGCAGGGGAAAUGUCACUGUAGGUAGUGUGGACAACAGCGAGUCUGUCAACUGUCGUGUACUUGAAAGAGUAUAAGCAAACACUUGUGGGGGUUUCUAGAACAUUCUAUGAAAUGUUAGUGUGCAGCUUCUGCAGUGGACCCUACGCGUCAGAUAUAUUCAUGUCCCUUUUCUUUCGCUCCUUACUUUGCCACCGACUGUAAACGUGCUGUGCGGAAGUUAUAUGUGUUUCAAUCACAUGCUAGGCCGUAAAUAUUUCGUUCGUAUCAACUAACCAGGGAAAGUCCCCCAAGGGGAAACACAGGAGAACUCCCAAAAGAGUGACACAUAGCAACGGCAGUGAGCAAGGGGGUGCGACGGUGGUACACAGGUGACAAGCGGCAGGCAAGGAUACUCCUCCCGCUGAUCGAAAGAAUAUGUUGUGAAAAAUGACAGGUCUUCCCCUGGCCACGCUACACCAACACUUAACAGCAGGAGAUAAUGCAGCUGUGAGUGAGAUAAAUGGAACUAAACAGUCGCCUACUACCUCGACAAGUUUUGUGUGAAGCUUUAUAGCUAUCAGGGCGGGGGCGUGUGUGGUCAGAAGAUCGUGCAAGAUGGCUGAAGGGAACGUGGAGUUGCUUCCAAUGGAAGAUACCGAGAUAAUGCAGGUUCGCACAGACUCAGCCUCAGCGCAAGAAUCAGUUGGUACUGAGGAUUCUGCAAUGAUGGAUACCGAAAGCUUGCGACUAGAGGAGAAACUGCAGUCAUUCCAGAACGAACUUAACGACCACACAGCUCCAUCUGUGGAUCCCUGGACUAUGACCAACCAACUGAGAGAGCUUGAGAAACAAAGACGACGAAACCUGAUCUUUGACGAAGAACGAUUCGAGGAGACCUUUCUCAAGUGUCUUAUCUGCCGAGAAUCCUACAAUGACAAUGACAAGACUCCGAAGAUGCUGCCCUGUCAUCACACAUUUUGUUUGGACUGUCUAUGUCAGAUGUUCCGCGUGGAGGGUGAGUUUCGCCAGUCUCUGAGUUCAGCGUUCCGAGGUAUGCCGCUUGCUGUCAAGAUCCAGUGCCCAAGCUGCCGAGAUGGACUGAUCACCUCGGAGGCCGAGCUGAGACGACUGCCCAACGACCACACCAUCCUAGAGCUUCUCUCCUUCGUGAAGGAGACCGGGCGCACUGAUGUGCAAUACUGCUCCAAGCACCAGCUCCAGCCCCUGCACUUCUUCUGCGAGCCCUGCAUUCAGCCCGUGUGCUGCGACUGCACGGUGAUCGACCACAAGGAGAGCAAAGGUCACGUGGUGGUCAACGUAGACGAGGCGCUGGCCAAGUACACACCCAUCCUGGACGACACGAUGGCCAGCAUCCGCACGCAAAAGGAAGAGGUGACCAAGCAGCGGCAGGCGCUGGGGCAGGCGGCGGAGACCGUGGAUCGCAUCCAGCAGGACCUGACGGACCAUAUUCGCACAGUCUUUGACCGCAUCCGGGCAGUCUUGGACGAGCGAGAGCGAGAGCUGUAUGACAUCUCUGACGGAGAGAUCAACCGCAAGCGGUCCACGAUCGAGGCCCACCAGCAGACCCUCAGCGAGCGCGAGACGGCGCUGGACGCGCAACUUCGCGGCCUGCAGCAGGCCAAGAACGACAAGGACAUUAGCCAGAUGUUCACCGGUCACAAAACGGCCUGCGAGGUGCUGCAAAACCGGGUGCAUGUACCCACAGACUGCAUCAGCAAUUUUAAUGUCACGUUCCAGUUUAAUCAACGUACGGACGCUACAGUGCGGCAGCAGAUCAACAACCUCGGGGACAUCAUCUUCAAGUCGUGAGCAUCCACGCAUGCGUGCGUAACGGACGUUAACGACUGUUUGCACAUCCAAGUGUGCAUCUUCCGAUAUGAUACUCAGAUAAUCUUGCACUCUUCAUUGGAGCAAGAGGAAACCGGAUGGUGCGUCAGGUCUGCCUUUACUUCAUUCUACUUGACUGGCUGUUUCUCCAGUGUAGAAACUGACCGACACACAGAAACUGGAAAAAUAAAAGAAAAAGAAACCAAAUUUUUAUUUUCCGCCUUCUUUAAGGCGACAGCUACAGAACUGCCUUGUUUGCCACCCCAACCCCCAGUCUUUCCCCAAAAUAAAAGUCAGUGUAACUUUAUUUUAUUCCUUUAACGUUAUAUUUCUGUUUUUCUGUUUCAACUGACGUAUUAUUUCCGUUCUUAUUUUAUCAAGAUCCUUGUGGUUAUGUUUUUUUUAACAUAUGGCAUACUUUUUAAAAUUUAUUCUUUUUAUAUUUGGUUAAUGCGCGGUUUUGGAAUUUCGAUUUUGCUUUUAUGGUUUGAGCAGAUGUGUCCUCAUGAGAACAAUAUGACACCAAAACUUAUGUGUCGCUAUGCUUGAGAAAAACGCAUUGGAAUUUGUACCUUACUGCACUGGAUGUGUAUGUUAUUGUCCAUUAUCUCCCCUGUAACUUCUUGUCAGUAAACGUAUCUUUAAUAUGUUAUUUAUAUACCUCAAGUACUUAAUUUGUUAUUUAUCAAUACAUCUGUGUAACUGCUUCGUUUAUUGUCUUUGUUUUAUUCUUCUAUGUGAGUGAGAAUUCGUUAUAUCCAAAUUGUGUACAUUCCAAAAAACGUUUUUAUACUGCAAGGAGGUAAGAUAUUUGAAAGGGAAACGUGGAUUUAUUAGAAGAGGUGGUGAUGGUUGGCUGGAUAGUUGCUCAGUUGCUACUGGGUAAAUUUUAAUAGAUUAUCAAUACUUCAAAACAAUGGCGACAAGGGAAAAACUAUACACAACUUAAUUUCCGUCUGAGGCUGUUUUGUUUUCUUUCUUUUUUUUUAAGUAACAUAAUGUGAAAGAUUUGGGACUUUGGGUGCAGAGUUGUUGUAAGAGCGAAAUUUAUCUGCUGAACAACAAUGAAAAAAUGUCAUAACAUGAAGUGCUUCAAAGUAUUUAAGACAACAUAGCACAUUGCAUAUUUGUCAUCGCCGACUUUAUUUGUAAGAACUUUAUCUGCUUUAUGCGCCUCAACCGAAUAAACCAGGUCAUCAAAACUA